AUGCCAAACUACAACAUCAAGGCCGAGACAUCGGAUGAAUUUACCUAUGACAAUGGGAAUUUGAAUCAUAAUAACAAUAACAAUAAUCAAGGUACUGAAAGCUUUGAUCAAUUUGUUAACUUUUCACCAAGUUCAACUACAAAUUUGAACUCACCAAUUGGAUUAUCACAAUUUUUACCUAGUAAUUCUUCAAAUACAUUCCCAAAUUUUAAUCAAAAGAUGUAUGGAGGUCAGAAUGUUCAACAUUUGAGUCAACAACAAUUACAUCCUCAAACUCAAAUCCAAAUACAACAAGCUCAACAAGCUCAAGCUCAAGCAAAAGCUCAAGCCACUCAAAAUGUAUCAAAUUCUGGACUAAAUCCAAUUUCAAACCAACAACAACCAAACCUUUCCAUUCAAACUCAAAUACCAGUUGUUCAACCCAGUCAACAUAGUCCAGUUCCUGGUUUCAAACUUGAUUAUAAUUUACACAAGGCAAAUUCUCAUACUGAUUUAACCUUAAAUACUCAACAAACUUCAUCUUCAUCUUCAAUACCUCAACAACAACAACAUCAUCAUCAACACCAACAACAACAUCAACAACACCAACAUCAACAAAAUCAAGGUCAAAGCUCACAUAUACAACAGACAGAUGAUGUUUCAUUGUUUCUUGAUGAAUUAAAUAUGUUAAAUUCACCAACAAAUGUCUUAUCUGUAAAUAAUCAAUUAAGAAAUUUUGGAAAUUUUGGUGAUCAAUUCUAUCCUCAACAACAAAAUAGUAAUAACAAUAGUCCAAUACAAUUGAACACACCAAACUUAACACAUCUCAAUUCUAAUGGAUCACAAUCACAAUCCAAUCAUAGUUAUACUUCACCACCACCAAUGAUAAUAUCAACACCUCCACAAGAUGAAAUAUCUAAAAGAAGUAAUCAUAAUCAUAAUUUAUCUAAUACUUCACAACAACAACAAUCAUAUGUUCCAAGCACGCUUGAACAACAAAGUUUACAAUAUAGUUCAUCAAGUACACAAGGUUUAAUGGAUCCACAAUUUAAUGGAGGUAUAGGAGGAAAUAGUGGUGCAUUUUUACAAGCUCAAACUUCAAAUGAUAGUUCAAAUUUAUUAGCCCCAGAUUUUGGUAGUGCAGCAUUUCAAGGUUUACGUACUUCACCAUCAAAUUCUGCAUUGAGUGAUUUAUCAUCAGUUGGUGGAUCUCCAUAUUUAUCUGCUUAUUCUCCAUCACAUUUUGGUGUAGAUGAUGAUGUAUUAUCACAAACUGGAGGAUUUUUAGAUGUUCAAAAUGAUUUUAAUGAUGUUAAUGGUUCAAAUUCAAAUGAAAUAGAUUUGUUAAGUAAUCAAUUUAAUAGAUUAACUGAAGAAAAUUUACAAACUAAUAAUUUAAUGAGUCAACCUUCACCAGUUACUAUAUCAAUUGAUGCAGCACCAGAAGAAGCAUCUAAAAAAACACCAUCAUUAUUUAGUUCAAAUAGAUCAUCACCAAAUAAUUCACCAAAUCAUUCAAGAGCAAAUUCAAAUUCUUCACAAAAUAUGAAAUCUGGUCAUUAUGCAAAUUUAUUAUCACCAAAUGAUGGUUCACCAUCUGAUUUAUUAAAACCUGAAGAUCAACAACAUUCAAACAUGAGACAAGGUCGUCAACGUCGUCAAUCAAGAUCAAGAUCAAAUUCUACAUCAAGAACAACAGGUGGUACAAGUCCUGGAGGUGGUGCAACAAGUGAUCGUAGUCGAUCUUUAUCACAAAAUCGUGAAAAAAUGUUGGAAUUGGCAUCACCAAAUCAAUCAAAUAGAAGAGUUCAAAAACAUCCAUCUAUUUAUGCAUGUCAUUUAUGUGAUAAAAGAUUUACAAGACCUUAUAAUUUAAAAUCACAUUUAAGAACUCAUACAGAUGAACGACCAUUUGUUUGUACAGUUUGUGGUAAGGCAUUUGCAAGACAACAUGAUAGAAAACGUCAUGAAGAUUUACAUAGUGGUAAAAAAAGAUAUGAAUGUCGUGGAUUUUUAGCAGAUGGUAAAACACCAUGGGGUUGUGGUAAAAAAUUUGCAAGAACUGAUGCAUUAGGUAGACAUUUUAAAACUGAAGCUGGUAAAGAAUGUAUUAGACCUCUUGUUGAAGAACAUGAACGUGAAAAGGCAAAAUCUGUUGCAGAAGGUGGUAAUGGUGAUAAUUUAACCGUACCUAAAUUAGAAGUUAAUAAUAGUCAAUUUCCUGAUGGAUUAUAUCAACAAUUUCCUGGUUUAUUUAAUGGUGGGAAUUCACCAAAUAGUGGGAUAAGUGAUAAUGGAAGUGAUUUUGAAUAG